CAAAAUGGAAUCUCCCCACGCAGCCCAACAAUCCUUGCUUCUCUCCAGAAUCAUAACCAACGUAGAGAAGCUCAACGAAGCGAUCCUAGUCCUCAACUCAUCCCUCCAAAAAAUCAACGUCGAAAACAUGAACGUGGAAUUAGUGGCAGCAAUGUUCAAGAACUAUCAAAGCAACGUCCUCUUCCACUUGGAAGCGACGGAUAGCCUGAAGGAGCCUUCUUGAAUUUUCCAUCACGAAGAGUGCACGGACUGGGAGGUUUUAUUAUCGUGGCGGGAGGAGUAUGAGGGGAGUUGGUGAAAUUUAGCGUCAGUCCUGCAGCGAAAGCAGUUCUGC